GUCCCAGAAGAUGUACCAACAUGUGUACUUCUGCGGACGCCUUUCCUUUCCAGAAAAUGACAUGUGGCCAUUAUGUUACGGUUAAUUCACGGCACCUGCUCAAAGCUUUCGCUGGCAAUUUGAAUAAUGUUGGGGUAAUAUAAAAUGGACCUGACACGACAUGGUCCGUAGACCACUAACGCGUUUUGCACAGAUACAAUGUGUUGUAUAAUACUGUUUUCAGCACUCAUUUUUAUCUUCGCGUCAGCAUGUCAAGCUGUCGUAGGACCCGGCAAGGUCACAGGAGAUACUGCUGUACAUGAUCCCACGAUGUGUAAGGACAACACGGGGAAAUACUGGGUGUUCUCUACCGGUGUUGGUAUCGAGAUCAGGUCCUCGACAGACCGUAUUGCCUUCACUCGGGUCGGUGUCGUCUGGCCCAAUGGCGCGCCAUGGACUGAUCAAUAUACGGGGACGUCAAAUGGCGCAUUGUGGGCUCCUGAUUGUACAUACAUGAAUGGCCAGUUUUAUCUUUACUAUGCUGCAUCUAGUUUUGGUUCGCAGAACUCGGCGAUUUUCUUCGCCAGAUCGUCUACUGGUCUCCCAGGUAGUUGGACUAAUGAUGGUUUGGUGACAUCAACAUCUAGCAACAACAAUUACAAUGCUAUUGAUCCCAACUUGAUCAUAGAGAACGGCCUCUGGUACUUGUCUUUGGGCUCGUUCUGGACGGGCAUCAAGUUGAUGAGUGCGAGCUCUUCAACUGGAAAACCUUCCAGCUCGUCCAUCACAUCUCUGGCCCAACGGAGUGCGAACAAUGGAGCGAUCGAAGCAUCUGUUAUAUACAAGAAUGGCAGUUUCUUUUAUCUCUUCACCUCCUGGGAUAACUGCUGCCAAGGAACGUCGAGUACAUACAAUAUACGUGUCGGCCGCUCGUCUUCUGUGGCUGGACCGUACGUUGACCAGUCAGGCGUGGCAUUGACGUCGGGCGGUGGGACGCUUGUGCUGGGAACUCAUGACAACAUCGUUGGUCCCGGUGGUCAGGAUCUUUUGGCAGACAACGAUGGGCCCAUCCUCGUGUAUCAUUACUAUACGUCUUCUGGCAGUUUCCUUGGUAUCAACCGUCUGGAUUUCUCCAGUGGCUGGCCUGUCGUUGUAUAGAUGAGGUCAGCAUUUGUCAAUCAAAUGAGCUGUCUAUAGCGCAUCGUAUUUAUAUGUACACCCAAAUGUCUCUUCUGAAUAAGUAAUUGUCAUUCGUCUAAAUAGGGUAGUCCAGAUUAUGGUGGAUAUCAUAAGAGUACGUGUUCCAAGAAAUGAUAGUAAUGAGA